AUGAACAUCAGCACAUUCAACACUGUGGAACUUCAGGGGGCCGAGAAGUACAAGAAAACAGAAUAUAAGGUUAUUGAAGGAUAUCCUUACUCACCUUCACAAGAUUCUCCACCCAGCUUCUGGGGUUCUAAUGAUGAUGCACCAGAGCAAUUUUUUUGGCUUGAGCAACCUCAAUCCCCAGGACAACCUUCAACAUCACAACACCCUUCAUCACCAGGACAACCUUCAUCAUCACGACAUCCUUCAUCACCAGGACAGCCUUCAUCAUCACGACAGCCUUCAUCAUCACGACAAUCUCCACCCAAUUCUCCACCAGCCCAUCUCUAUGGAGGUGAAUCAUCAUCAACAUAUAACACUGGCUAUUCACAGCCUGGCACGCCUAUAGCUCGUCCUUGGGAUUCACCACCACAACAGGCUUCAUCACCACAAACACAAUACCAACCACCACCAUCACAACAACUCUCACCACCACAACCACGAAACCAGCCACAAUACCAACAACAAUACCAACCACAGUAUCAACCUCAAUACCAACAACAAUACCAACAACAAUACCAACCACAAUACCAACAGCAAUACCAACCACAGUAUCAACCACAAUACCAACAACAACCAUACCAACAACAAUCAUACCAACAACAACCAUACCAACAACAACCAUACCAACAACAAUCAUACCAACAACAAUCAUACCAACAACAAUCAUACCAACAACAAUCAUACCAACAACAAUCAUACCAACAACAACCAUACCAACAACAACCAUACCAACAACAAUCAUACCAACAACAAUCAUACCAACAACAAUCAUACCAACAACAAUCAUACCAACAACAAUCAUACCAACAACAACCUCCACCACAACCACAAACACAAACACAAGGACGAAGGAGGCAAGCAACAGAACCACCUGCAGUCAAUCCAUCAAGUCGUCAAAGGACAGUGCCCCCACCUACAGUGCCCCCAAGCACAUAUGUUGAUUUAUCUGAAAUACUUGAUGACAAUGGUGAUGGAAGGAUAAGUUAUAAUGAUUAUCUGAGGAUGAGAGAAUGUGAUCUUUAUAAGCAUAACUUGCAGAAUGUAAAAACAUUUUUGGACACACAAUUUGAAAGGAAUGGCCCAUUUGAACGGAUAAAUGGAGGAACAGCUAUUCGGAAACAAACUUUCGAAAGAUAUCCCAUCGAUCUUGCCACGUUGAAUGAUGGAAGGCCAUUCUCUCAACAGGACAUUGAUAGAAUCUUCAAGAUCCCACAGAAUACAAUCACAAAUUACAUUUUACGUGGAGGAAAGGCAUUCAUCACAGCAGCAGAAUUGGCAACUCAUUUAAAAAGCAGCAGAUACGUACGAAGACCUAGGAGUUCACGACAACAACACUGAAUGUGCUGUAAAUAGGUAUUAACUUGGAGGCAACUGGCACCACAAUCGAAAAUCCUCAACUUGGAGACAAUUGGCACCACAAUCGAAAAUCCUGAACAUGGAGACAACUGGCACCACAAUCGAAAAUCCUGAACAUGGAGACAACUGGCACCACAAUCGAAAAUCCUUAUUCUCAACACACAAAUAUGCAGUAAUAUACUUUAUCCUGCAGUAAGCUAUAAUAUUAUUUCGAGAGAGAAGAAUCAAAUAAUUUAUAAGCAUUGCAAUUGUUGGUAAUUUGAAAUAUUUAUUGAUGAAUAGGCCUACAUCAAUUCUAAUUCCUUAUUGAUUUCUAUGCAAUGAAAAACUAAAAAAAAAUCACUUCUAUGAGUUUGGUGAAAUACUGGAACUGCUGGUUUAAAAGCUGUCUAUUUUGCAUUCAUAAAAUUUAUUUUUGAAUUAGAGGUAGCAAUCUGGGGUAGGGCUUUUGACAGUAGAUCAUCGUUCUCUCACAUACACACUACCAAUCGGACCAAUCAGCAAAGGUCACAGUUAAGCCUAUUCUCCGUUCAAAUUUACUUCGGACUUGGGAUGGACAUGUGCAGCAGAGAAGGCAUAAGGCAUACAACAGUGGCAGGGAUAUAACGGCGGCUAUGUUACCGUUGUGUACUGGCCAGCGUUCUCUAAUUUCCAGUGAGUAUUCAAGCGCUCAUAUUAAACUUAGGAAGUAUCCUCUCUGCAAUCACAGACUCGACUGACUCUAUUUGACAAAUUGACAGCCACACUCCCACCUAUGACUCAAUCCAUCACUGCAAUUGAUUGAUCUCCCCCCAUUUCUCUGCGCCACUAGAAGCUCCUCCAAGUCUGAAGAAGAUUUGCACAGAGUAGGCCUAUAGUUUAUACAAUGCCAAUUGGCGAGUCAAACAAUAAUAAUUUUCAUCACAUGGUUGCCAAUUGUCCAAGGCCAGUCCAGCUGUAUGAUAAUAUGUUUCUACAGCACUAACUAUUGCCACCACAGUCGAAAACUGUGUAAGACAAAAACAUGGCCAAAUGCUUGUCAACUGUUGUGUCCCAUGAGGACUUGAAACGAAUGUUAAACUAUGCAAGGAUUUUUUUUGAGUAAGGUCAUUUCAAGACGUACCACGAAACAAUUUUAUUUUAGUUUUCACUCCAGCUGUACCAAAACCAUGAACGCUUAUGGCUUUGGCAAUUGCCGUGCAUUCUUAUCCUUAUAGGCCUACAAUUUGUUUCUCUGAUCCCAUAAACUUCUUUGAUCUUGAUAAAGGUCAAGAAAUUUAAUAUCCAUAUCGUCCCCCCAUUUAGGUGCCAUUCCCGUUGGAACUUUGGAAAACGUCUAACCUAACCUAUAAAACAUCUCACACAAUGGAUUGUUUUGACUGAACUGGCCUAAAACAAGACAGAGCACCGGCCUACACCAUUCAUACAGCGCCAAAUGGCACAACAAUUUAAAUUCCGAGUGGUGAGGGGCUCGCUAGGCCCAGCCUGUUGUCCUCAGUCUACUCCCGGAGACAGUUGAAUUUUCGGCCAAUUGUCGAGACAGUUGUCUAUAAGAAGCCAAUAAUUUUAUGCAAGUCAGUUUCCUUAUGACAAUUGUCUCGUCAAUUUGCAUCAUAUAAACUAUGCUUUAUCACAGAGUUAUUCAAAAGAAUUUUGUGUUUCCUGUAACAAUCAGCUGAUUGCGACCAUGUAUCGAUCAGCUGAUUGUGUGCCAGCAGUAUUCAACUUGCAAGAUUCAACUAACUAAUCUUGCCUAUAUCAUAGAGAAACAAUAGCAUAAGCUAUUAUGCUAUUGUUUCUCUAUUCUUAUUCCAAGAAUUUAACGUUUUGACUGUGAGACAUCAUUUGAAAAAAAAAUUCACUUGAAAAAGUUCAGAAAAUUUUUUUUGAUCAAUAAUAACACACAAAAAGUUUCCAACCAAAUCUAACUUAUAUAGGCCUACAAGGUUUAUGAAACUAAACUCUUUGCUGAUGAAAUUCAAUAGAUUUUGUACAGGCAACAAGGCAAGUUCAUGGACAUGUUCUAUUUGAAUCUUUCAAUCUCCAAUUCAGAAUGAGUAAUAAUGAAUUAGAUGAUUGGAUGAUGAGUAAAUAUAAAUUUUCAGUGAUAACCUUAUUAAGAAACCCCCAUUUAUUAUUUCGAAUCUCUUUUCAAUAUAGUUCACCAACAGACAAUGUUCAGGAUCCCUUUGAUUUAAAACAUAUAUACCUAUUUUAUACUCUUGAAGAUACUUCUGAUUAUUACAGUCAAGGCCUAUAGGCAGUAACUGUAGUUACUUUCAAUAAGUCUGUAUCAUGUUAUUCUCCAGUUCUUAUUAUUCAUAUGUUCACUCAAAUACUGAGAAUACAUCAACCAGAAAACUGUUGAAUAUACAAUUCUGAAUCAUAUAUCCAAAUAAUAAUAAUUUCAGAUGAUGAUUUAUAUUUGGACUAUUUGUGACAAAAUUGAGAAAUACUGUAAAAGUAGUUUUGGGCAGUAGCUAGUAGGCCUGGCUGAUUUUGUUUCUGAAUAUUGCACUACCUGUUUGCUCAUCCAAUAAAUUAUUAUAUAGGCUAUAAUAAAAAUGAUACCAAUACAUGAACCAAUAAUAAUAUAAUAAUAAAAAUAGGAAUAGAAAUAAAAAUCUAGUAUGAUUUAUAAUAAGUAUGAUUCACUUCAUAUCACUUGAAAAUGGCAUCAAUAUUGAAACAUGUUGUGAUAAAUAUUUCAAAAAAAGGUACUGAGAUUUUUAUUCUUAUUUCUAUUCAUAUAGUAAUAUUAUAUAGCAAAAACAAAUCCAAUAAGCUUGUUUAAUUAUCACCUUCAACUGAUAUUACUGAUUUGGUUCUAUUAACUAAAGAACGGGGACACCAUAUCUUACUUUUAAAAAUGUACCAAUUUUAUUUGUAGGCUAUCUUUUGCUUGUAUUGUAUAUUAUUUGAUUUUUACUCAAUUAUCCAGGAUUAGAAAACUCUCAGAAAAGUGCCACAGACUUCAGCACAAACGGUUCCAAUUCUAAUUUCUACAACAGUCCAGAAUGUAGCCCAUGUAUAUAGGCCUAAUAUUGAGCUGCAUUUACACCAAAGCUAUUAACAAAAUGUUGAUAACUUAAUCGUUAUAGAUUAUAUCAAUUUGAACGGAACUUGACAAUUACAUAUGUGUAUCAUAUGUAUGAUAAGUUGUGUUCAAUCUAAUAGAAUCUAUGAUAGAGGUAUUCACAAUGUUGUCUCAGCCAGCCAAAGUGCUAUUUGAUAACUCUGGAAUGUGAACGCCCCAUCUAAAACCAACUGCUAUAAGGUAACUGCAAUAGCAGUCCAAUCGAAAAUUUGUGUAACUCCAAAGCUCCAUAACUCCAUUCUUGUAAAGUUUUUAACCUCACUUUUGCUAUCAAAUAUGAUCGAAACAAAAAUGGCUGCCGUUUUGAAAGAGUUAGCGAACUCAAACCUGCGCGGUCCAAGCGGAUAAUUUGUACAUGUAACUCAAAGUUUUUUACCUCACUUUUGCUACCAAAUAUGAUCUAAACAAAUAUGGCUGCCGUUUUAAAAGAGUUAGCUAGAGUUAGCGGACUCAAACCUGCGCUAUCUGCUAUCUCGUCCGCUAUUUUUUUUCUAAUGCACCACUAUAGCAUUGAGUUAACACAGACUUAGUAAAUAGCAGGAGUUUAGGGGAUAGCUCAACUUAGCCAGCAUCUGGCAUCUUUUGUAAAAUUUUCAAAAUUCCAAACAUUUAUAAGGGCACGUCGAGGGAUGAAAUGACUGGGGACUGGCUGCAGUGAAGUCGUUAGCCUCGCCCAGGUAGGCACGUCUCUCACACUCAAAUAUAAUGUGGUUCACUGUCUGCUCCAUCGCCCCACAGUCGCAUACUGGGAAGUCUGUGAGUCCUCAUUUGAAAAAUGAUGCAUUGCAUCUCCCAUGCUGGGUUCGAAACCUCUUGAGUGUCACCCAGAUGUGCCGGGGGAGCUCGAAUCAAGGAGGCCUUAGUGUGCAUGAGAAAUAGCUCUCCGGUAUUCCGGGGGGCACCUCCUCUCACCAUCUUCUGUUCAGAGAGAACCUCUCAUCUCUCAAUUGCUCUGCCAUCCUGACCGCUGGCCUUCUGGACUUCAGCUCCCUUCUAUAUAAAUCCGGAAUGUCCUGAUGGAUUGGGAGUAGAUGAUUGUACGAAAUCCUUUCAUAGAGCCGAGGUAGAGCUUGUGCUCUGCGAAGAGGAAGUGAGGGUCCAACAUUGUGAAUACCCCGAAAGUUAACAUUUUGUUAGUAACUUUGGUGUAACGGCAGCUAUAUUGUAACUUUCACAUUUCAGAAUAAUACUCUUAUUUGCAAUCCAAAACAGAAGAAACACAUUUUUUCAAUUUCUUUUUAACUUAUUAAUUUUUUGUUAUAAUUAUUUAAUAAAAAACUAUUGGAAGAAUCAAAACUUUGAAGAAACUGUGGAAAUUUGAAAAAAGAGAAACUCAAAUACAGUAUAUUGUUCAUACUUUUUUGCUUGUAUCUGUUUUUCCUCUGUUAUUUUUCUUGUAAAAUUAGAUUUGUACGAUUAAAAAUUGAAGAAAAAAUGAAUAUUGAUCAAGAGUGAUAGUGGCCUAGGUUACAAGUAGCUAUUAUGUAGACACCUACGGUAUAGUGAGAGUCAUGCAAUAAAGUCAGCUCCUGAUCAACAUUGGUUUGCUAUCCUUGUCUGUCAUUGGACAAAGCAGACAGCUCUAUCCCUCUUAUGAUUGCCAAAUUGUUCUCAGGAUAUCAAGAAAUAUAAUGAUAAUGAACUACCUACCAUGAUAUUUAAUUUCAAUUAUGAAAAUGAACUAUUAAAUUAUGAGAAGAUAUAUUUUCUUGACAAACAUUACAUAUUUCAGCUGAAAUUAACCAUUACCAAUCAAUAAUAAUAAAUAUUAUAUAUCUGAAUAGCUUGAAUCACAGCUAUCUUCUAUAUAGGGCAGUGGAAGCAGAAAAACGUUGAAAAUGCAUUUUUAUAAAACCCACUGGCUUCAUAAUAUGAAUAUCACUAUAAGGACAAUUUUCCAAAACUUAAGAUCUGUCCAGUUGUCAGUAAUAUGGUUUCAGUGAUGAACUAUAAUCAAUAAUAUUUUAUGUUUGGAAUUGGGUCAUUUGUUUCCAGUAGAUGGAUGGAAAUCAAUUUUGAAAUAAUUUGUUGCAUUAUUUGUUAUUUAAUUUUAAUGCAGUUUCAUCUGAAAUUUUAGAAUUUAGAAUUUUGUGUUUGAAAUUGGGUCAUUUGUUUUCAGUAGAUAGAUGAAUAUAAAUUUUGAAAUAAUUUGUUGUAUUGCUUAUUAUUGAAUUUUGAUGCUAUGCUAGAGUUACAUCUGAAAUUUUGGAAUUUAGGAUUUUGUGUUUGAAAUUGGGUCAUUUGUUCUCAGUAGAUAGAUGAAUAAUAAUUUUGAAAUAAUUUGUUGUAUUGUUUGUUAUUGGAUUCAAAUGCUAUGCUAGAGUCUCAUCUAAAAUUUUAGAAUUUUAUGUUUGAAAUUGGGUCAUUUGUUUUCAGUGGAUAGAUGAAUAUGAAUUUUGAAAUGAUUUCUUGUAUUGUUCAUUAUUGAAUUUCAAUGCAAUACUAGUUUUUUAUCUGAAAUUUCAGAAUUCAGGAUAUUAUGUUUGAAAUUGUGUCAUUUGCUUUCAGUAGAUGAAUGAAUAAGAAUUUUGAAAUAGUUUGUUAUUGAAAUUUAAUGCUAUGCUAGAGUUUCAUCUGAAAUUUUAGAAUUUAGAAUUUUAUGUUUGGAAUUGGGUCAUUUGUUUUCAGUGGAUAUAUAUAUUUAUUUAUUUCAUUGACAAUUUAUUACAAAUAAUAAUUAUAAUAAAUAUAAUAUGUUUGGGAGAAGACAACAGGCAUAGCCCAAAACUGUCUCCUCCCAAAUUUUUACAAAUAAAAGUUUCAAAAAAUAAUAAGGUUGAGAUUUCACUUUCACUUCAAAAAGUCCAAUUUUCACUUCAAAACUAAUGACUAAACUAAAAAUUUUGAAUUUUAGAUGAAAAUAAAUUUAAAAUAAUUUAUUGUAUUGUUCAUUUAUUGAAUUCCAAUGCUAUGUUAGUUUCAUCUUGGAUUGAAAGAUUGUAUAAUUAUUGGAAAUAAGAAGUUUGAGUUGAUUUUCCAUUUGAGUUAGCUCUCAAAUGUGUUGUAGCAUCGUUAAGUAUAUUAUAAUUUUUUUUUGUGUGUG